AUGAAGGCGUGCAACAAGCGGCCAGGAAAAGCACUCCUAGCACGGCUUUGCUGGGAGAGAGAACCAAGGCCGCGAAACAUGUGCAGCUCCGACGAGUGGAUACAGCGAAGAAAGUGUGACUUCGAUGGCCCUUCUGAUAUCGAACUGGAGCUCGACAGACGGCCCCAAUUCCAACCCCAACAUAGCUUCUGCAAUGGAGAGACACCUCCUGAUGUCCGGAUAACCAAUCCCUGGGGCGUGGGCCAUCGCGUCCAGGCAGUUCGCUCUGUCCUCGCUCUUGUGCUUGACGAGGAAUGUGUCUUUGCGGGCUUGCAGGGCGGCGAUAUUGUGGCUUGGUCUCUCGAUACUUACGAACUGAUCCUAUCAGUAAAGGCUCAUCAGGAGAGUGUCCUAGGUUUGUACCUCUCUGAGGAUGGGAGCCUCCUGUUCUCAAGUGGCGGCGACUCUGUUGUUAAUGUUUGGUCAACGAGGACUUUUGAACGCCUCUACUCGAUUUACUCUCAUCACGAUGUAGGUGAUCUGUUCACAGUGGUGUACUCGUCCGAUCUGAAAACAGUUUAUUGCGGGGGUCAAAACACAAGCAUUCAAUGGAGUGACCUCCAACUGGAUGCCCCUCCACGUCCGCCUAUUCCUAUUCAUCCGUCAAACAGAAGGCAUCGAUUUUUUGAUUCCAAGGGACCUGGUGGCAUUGUUACAUUAAAUCCUGAUGCCGGAGAAGCGGUUCAGAAAUUGGGUCUUGGUGGCCAGAGCCUCAGCUUCAAAAGAGACCAGCACAAGCUAUAUGCUCAUAAUGGUUAUAUAUAUUGCAUGCUAUUAGUCAGAGGCUUAGAGGAGUGGGCCAAUGGCGAUGAAGUACUUCUGACGGGCUCUGGAGAUGGGUCAGUCAAGCUUUGGGAGCUCAGCAAAUGUCCAGAAGGUUCCCCGGUCGAACUAGCCGAGUUGAAGAAUGGCAGCGAUUCGGUACUCUCCAUUGCUGUCGAUGGUGCGUUCCUUUACUGUGGCCUCUCAGGAGGCGCAGUUUACAUAUGGAACCUUGAUUCUCGUCAGAUCAUCAGGAAGCUCACUGCCCACAGUGGAGACAUCUGGGCAAUUGACGUUGUGGGAAAUGUUAUUAUUACUGGCGACUCCUCUGGUAUCAUUAGGAAAUUUAACUCCAGAUUCGAAGAGGUCGGCUCAUGGAUUGCUCACGAAGGAACGAUGCUGGCAUCAGCUGCUGGUGUUUUCAAAGACAGGCGUAUAUAUGCUACUGGCGGCAAUGAUAAUACAGUCGCUAUUUGGGAGUUAACAGAUCAUCCCCAAGAUUUCCAAGAGAUGCCUGCAGUUGGCAACGAUGAGUUGGUCAAUACCCUGGCAAAAUUUGUUUCUUUUAAGACAGUAUCUGCGAGACCCAAAUUUGCUGGAGAAUGUAACCAGGGCGCCGCGUUUCUUCGUCGUCACUGCAAUUAUUUGGGUGCGAAAACUAAACUGUUGGCGACGGGGCCAAAUACAAAUCCUAUCGUAUUUGCCAGAUUUGACGCAGCGUCGAAGUCAUCAGCCAACAAAACUGUCCUCUUUUACGGCCACUAUGAUGUUGUCGGUGCGGAUACUAACCAUCUGAAAUGGAAUACGGAUCCGUUCCAACUUUGUUCGAUUAAUGGAUUUUUGUAUGGUCGAGGCGUGUCGGACAACAAAGGCCCGGUUCUCGCUGCUCUAUAUGCUGCUGCGGAGCUUGCCCAGAAGAAAAAAUUAAGCUGCAAUGUCGUCUUUUUAAUUGAAGGCGAGGAAGAGUCCGGCUCUCAAGGAUUUUCGUAUACAGUUCGAAAACACAAAGAUUUGAUAGGAGAAGUUGACUGGAUCCUCCUGGCGAAUAGUUACUGGCUGGACGAUCACAUCCCAUGCCUGACUGGAAUCGACGGUAGUUCUCUUCUUGAUGAACCACUGAAGGAUCUGACAAUGCUUCUUGGUACUCUCGUUGGUGCGAAAGGGAAGAUAAAUAUUCCAGGGUUCCAUGAGCCAGUCUUCCCUCUAACUGAAGCGGAAAGGAGGCGAUAUGAUGCAAUUGCCAAAGCCCUACUUCCUCACCACCCCGAAAUUGAGGACUACGAAGCUUUCACCGAUUCCCUAAUGCACCGUUGGCGUGAGCCAUCGCUCACAAUCCAUCGCAUAGAAGUUCCGGGCUGCCAAAAUACAUCCACAACUAUAUCGCGAAGAGCGCGAGCAACACUAUCCGUCCGAAUAGUGCCCAACCAAGACGUAGACAAAGUGGCCGCUGACCUGGCGGAGUUUGCACACGCUCAAUUUGCAAAGUUUGACUCUCAGAACAUCUUGACGGUUGAAAUAACAGGGAAAGCGGAACCGUGGCUAGGAGAUCCUGAGAACGACAUCUUCAAAUUGCUUUCGCGCGCUGUCACCGCAGCGUGGUCUUCCGCCAAGGGGGACCGUCACUACAACUACCCCCCUGUUAAUCCUUCCAACCAACUAUCUCGUCGCGAACCCCUCCGCACAAACUCAACGGACAGUGUGGCCUCGAAUAUCGGCAGAAUAAUUUCCUCAUCAUCCUCAGUACCAAAAACUCGCUCAGGACACAGGCUUUCGGCACCCACGGUGCCGACCUCUUCAACCCUCACGCACGGCUCUGACCUUCCAGGCACCAAACCUCCCAGCAGACCACCCGCACCCUGCCUACAUAAUGCAUCUCCAUCCCCUUGCGAUGCAAUCUCAGCAGCAGCAGCAUCUGGGACGAUGCGGUCCAAUGACCAUGGAUCCCAACAAUCCCACACCCGGGAAUCUAAGUCAACAUCCCAUGCCCCAUUAUCGAUUGCGCGCCCUUGCCAGUUGAUCCAGCCCAUCUACAUCCGCGAGGGCGGAUCGAUCCCGACAAUCCGCUAUCUGGAGAAAGAAUUCAACGCGCCGGCCGCUCAUUUACCCUGCGGCCAAGCAAGUGACCAUGCACACUUGGACAAUGAGCGACUGAGAGUUGAGAAUUUGUAUAAGAGUCGAGAGAUUAUGGCGCGGGUAUUUAGGGAUUUGGGAAAGGAUGUGAAUGUGAAUGGUAAUGAUGGCGUUCUCGAGGACGAUAGUGCUGGUAGUGAAACAGAGGGCGGGUGGCUUGCAGAGGAGUAG